AACACGGUGCGGCUCAGCUCCGAGCCACCCAGAGCCCGUUCGUGACAGCGGCAGUGAUGCCGUACAGGAACAUGGCGGCGCCCUACGCUGGGCAGGCGCAUCCCGGCUCACACCCGCCUCCUGUGCACAGCCAGGCACUGAGGACCGGUCACUGUGGCGGCUGCCCCCCGCAGCGGGGCUGAGAGGACUGCCGGCAGCCCGACGAGCCAGGCAGUCCGGACCGGAGGAGUCACGGCCCAGGCGCCCAUCCCGCCGCGCGUCGCUCCCGCCCCUUCGCCGCGCCAGCCCGCGGGAUUCACAGCUGGAGCGACCGCAGGGAGAUCGCCGACGCCGCGGCAGGCAGGGAUGGAUGCCAGAGGUCUAGCCACCAGCCCUGCAGGACUUUGGAGAAAAGUGUAAACACAGGGCUGAAGGGCGUGCCCUGGGAGGAGACAGAACCUGCCUGGUCUUGGGGGCAGUCUGCUGAGUUCAAAGGAGUCUUGCUUUUCUCCUUCCUGCACCCACUCUUCAUCGUCUGGGCAGCUCCUCCGCAUGUGAAGAGGGGCAGCGAAUAGACCUCACUGAGGAUGUCUGAAAACCUCGACAAGUCCCACAGAAACAAAGCAGGAGAGUCGAAGCCGAGUGACUCUGAGCAAGGCCUGGGAGGUGCUCUGGAACGUUCUGAUGAAGCCUUGCAGAAAGAAGUAAAGUCGGACGCACCUAGUCCCCAGAGAGUGGGAAGACCUCACUCUGGUCCUCCUCGGCUUGUCACUGUAGAGGAGCUUCUAGAAACAGCGAAAGGAGUCACCAACAUGGCUCUAGCCCAUGAAAUUGUGGUAAAUGGAGACUUCCGGAUUAAUACUGUUGAAUUAGCAGAAGGCAGCUUGGAGAAAAGAGUAAAGGAGAUUGUACAUAAAGCUUUCUGGGAUUGCCUGAGUGUCCAGCUGAGUGAAGACCCCCCAACAUAUGACCAUGCCAUCAAACUUGUAGGAGAGAUCAAAGAGACUCUGCUGUCUUUCCUGCUGCCUGGUCACACUAGACUAAGAAACCAGAUAACCGAGGUCUUGGAUCUGGAACUGAUAAAACAGGAAGCAGAGAAUGGGGCCCUAGACAUUUCCAAGCUGGCAGAAUUCAUUAUUGGCAUGAUGGGGACAUUGUGUGCACCUGCUCGAGAUGAGGAAGUUAAGAAACUAAAGGACAUUAAGGAAAUAGUGCCUCUUUUCAGGGCAAUCUUUUCUGUGUUGGACCUAAUGAAAGUAGACAUGGCCAACUUUGCUAUCACUAGCAUUAGGCCGCACCUCAUGCAGCAGUCUGUCGAGUAUGAGAGGAAGAAGUUUCAGGAGGUCUUGGAGAAGCAGCCAAACUCCCUGGACUUUGUCACCCAGUGGCUGGAGGAGGCCUCAAAUGACCUUCUGACUCAGAAGUACAAACAUGCCCUGCCGGCUGGGGGAGGGGCUGCUGGCUCAGGGGAUGCUCCGGUGCUGACCCCUGUUUCUGUCCAGAAUUAUGCCUACCUGAAGCUGCUGAAAUGGGACCACUUCCGGAGACCUUUCCCCGAGACCCUUUUGAUGGACCAAUCUCGUUUCCAAGAGCUCCAACUGCAGCUGGAGCAGCUGGUCGUCCUGGGAGCGGUGCUGCUCGUCACAUUCAGCACCGCUGCCCCUGGAAUCUCUGGCCACGCUGACUUUGCUGAGAAACUCAAGAUGACGGUGAAGAUUCUGCUAAUGGACAUGCAUCUGCCUUCCUUCCAUCUGGAGGAUGCUCUGACGUCCAUUGGGGAGAAGGUGUGUCUGGAGGUGAGAAGCUGCCUCUCCCUGUGUGGACCCUCCCCAUUCUCCACCAAUGAGGAGACUGUGCUCAAGGGCCAGGUUCAGGCCCUGGCCAGCCCUGACGACCCCAUUCGCAGGAUCGUGGAGUCCCGGAUUUUGACCUUCUUGGAGACAUACCUUGCCUCUGGUCAUCAGAAGCUACUGCCUACGGUGCCAGGGGGCUUGGGUCCCAUUCAGAAAGAGCUGGAAGAAAUUGCAGUGAAAUUUGUGCGCCUGGUCAACUAUAACAAGAUGGUGUUCUGUCCUUACUAUGACACAAUCCUCAGUAAGCUCCUUCUCCGCCCCUGAGGCGCACGGCUGCCGCAGUACCCCCUCACGUCCUCAGAAGCCCGCUGUCGCAGUGCCCUGCUGUGGAGAAAGGCACUGGGCACGCUCCUGUGUAAAGGCACUGGGUCCGUUAAACACACAAGACCAUAGUGUGUCGCUGAAGGACUCACGGAAGGGCGCACUGAGCUCUGUUCUGUAUUUACUAGUGCAAGUUUACAAGCUCAAGAAGCUUUUGUUCUCUGGAGUUUAUAGGUAGCAUCUAGCUGUUACAGUUGACUGCCACUGUCUCUGCUCCUGCUGCAUCGGCUUGGAGGAGCCAGCUCUCUAAGGAGCCUGGGACUUUCUCGUGGGUCGUUCCUUCUCAGAUACCCCAGGCUGGCACAUAAGCCAUGACUUGUUCCCUUGCCCCCCACAGCUUUCCUCCCGGUACUCUUCCCCGGGACCGUUUUAGGGUCUUUCCCUUCUUUUUUCAAGACAAAGUUUCUCCAUGUGGAACUAGCUCUGUAGUCCCGGCUGGCCUAAACUCACAGAGAUCUGCCUGCCUCUGCCUCUGCCUCCCCAGUGCUGGCAUUAAAGGUGUGCACCACUAAUGCCUGCCCCUUGUUGGUGUUUUAUGACCAGGCUGUCUAUAGCCUUACAGUGUCCUGUUCCACCCCUUCCCCACCUCCAUCCGUUUAUUGCUUCGUAGGUCCGGCCUAGCCAGUGCUCCGAGCCCUUUUGUUCUUCAGCAGAGUUACUUGAUAAUAUAUUUUGUCUAAUUUUUUAUUAUUAUUAUUUUUGAAACAGCAUCUCUCUCUCUCUCACACUGGCCUAGAACUUGCUAUGUAGAACAAGCUGACUCCAGACUUGUAUGAAUCCUCCUGCCUCUACUUCACACAUGCCAGGGUUACAGGCCUUUGCCACCAUACCCAUUGGAUAGAACUUGAUUUUGAAAAGCUUGUUUUGUUGGUUGGGAUGUAGUACAGUGGUUAGUGAUUGUCUAGUAUGCACAGGGCCCUGGGAUCCAUUUCUUGCAUCUAAACAAUGAAAGACACACACACACACACACACGUACACACACACGUACACACACACACUAGGCACUAAGAAGUCAUAAGCCCCUGUAGCUUCAGUUACUUGAAAGGUAUGAAGACUGUUUUUGCCCAAGAAUUAAGCAGCCUGGGUAAUGAAGAGUCCAUCUUUUUGUUUUGUUUUGUUUUUUGAGACAGAGUUUCUCUGUAGCUUUGGAGCCUG